UGCUGCGUCCUGGUGCCCCGCAAGGCCUUUGCUUGUGUUUCCCCUCAGGGAAUGUUGGUGACUUGGAAAAGGAAGAUGAAAGCUCCUCUGUUGCUUUGUCAGUAGACUGUGGCUUGUCUGUGUUAGGAAACUUUGGACUGCAAUAAUGACGUUUCACUUUGCACAUCCCUUGUUCCUAUGUUAUUUUGUCUCUGUCUUUUUUCUGAGACAACGUCAUGACAGGAGAUGUCCAACUCGCAGGGAGCUGUAAAACAGCUUUGAUUAUUUUUUUUUUCUGGGGAAGAAAAAUACUGCUAUUGUUCUGUUAUCUUUUUAACUUGUUUAAAAUACAGGUCGCAGUAGAUGUGUGUUGAAAAUUCUUGGAGGUCAAACCGGACAAGACUAAUUCAGCGGCAGGUACAUGUAGGAGAUGCACAAGCUGAUGCAGUUAGCUGUCAUUCAGUCAGACUCAGGAAAAUGAACUGGGAGGCCAAGCUCCAGUGCUUGUCCCUUGCAAACCUCAGGUACCUAAGGCUCAGCAUCUUCUGCUUUUCAAGUCAGCAUCUUUUGGUUUUCUGCUUCUUCAUGGCUGGGCCAUAAGUAAGAUCCAGGUAAGUGACAGGCACUCCCAUAAAUUCUAAUGUGAAGAUAGUAUAACACAUACAUAAAAUAACUUCAGAAUGUUAUUUGUCUUCAUAUAUUGCAUCCUAAUGUUAUUUUAACGUUAUCUCCAACUGUAAAUUAACCUCAAAUAUCCGUUCUCUAGGUAAGUAGGACUGCCCUGUGAGCCACUCAGUUACUGGAGCCCAUGUGGACUCCUUUCUUUGAAGCAUGGCAAUUCCAGCAGUGGUUAUUACUUUCAUGGCACUAUUCUCAGAAAUCAGUCAUUUCUCAGCAGCAACUAGGUUGGGCAGAAGGGUUCUGUUAGGCUACAAAAUGCCAGACCUCAGCUAUCAAAGAGAAGUUACUGAGUGGAGAGUAGUAAUGUUUACGCACCUUCAGCCUCACAGUGUAUGGUUCUUUCUCCUUUCACUGCUUAUCUUUAGAAGAAACCAGCACACUCACUUGUCUUUGUAUUUCCAGCCUACCAUGGUGAUGAAGCUGGCAAUGGUGAUUGGAGGUGAAGGUGGUGAGCUGUGCUCUUUCAAGGCAGCUGAGCUGUCGGCCACUCCCCACCAGUGUGUAUCCAGAAGCUCCUGAAUCACUCCACAGAGGGUUGUCUUUGGUAGACCUGGGCCUGAAGGAAAGUUUGCUCCUGCAGAGGCAGCAAUGUUUAGCUCUAGAUUACCUGCAGACACCUGAGAAGAGUCUGGCAGCCAACAUUACUGCAGAUUUUUAUCAAAAUUUCUCUCAUAGUGUAAGGCAUAAUUAGAUAUGUGACAGUAAUAGUCCAGACUACUCAUUUUAGCCAGCUGUCCUCUAUGUUCUUUGAAUUGCUUAAACAUAUCCACACCUUAAUGUUUAUUAUGAAUUCACUUAUGGUAAAGCAUACAAAUUUUAUGUUCACUGUCUGGUAAAUAAAUGAAGGUGAACCCUACUGCAUCACAGUAGAAAGGAAAAUAAAAUUUCCUUUGAAUAAUAAGAGUCUUUUGGAAGGACAUAUUGCUGAGAUCUGAUCAGGAAGCUGUGGUGUGAUUUAUACUCAAAACAAAACAGGAAUGUGUCGUUCCAGAAAGAGAUAACAACUCCUCAGUUGCCACUGCCACCAAGGAGGCAUGAUGUCGUCAUGUCGGGGAAGACACAUACUUUGGUUUCCUAGCCCUUUCAUUUGUCAUUGUAGCAAACUUGAAAGCAAGCUCAAUAAUCUUUGUUUACUUUUUUUGUAGCUCACCAGUAGUCUAAGGGCACACAGGGCCACGUGGGAUGGGUGAGGUGUGGACAGGAGCUGUGUCUGCAGAUGGCGGUUUCCUCAUGAAGGUUGACUUGGACUCCAGGAAUUCCUUGUUAGCGUGGUGGGCAGCUAGACUCUGUGAUGGGAGAAGCAGUGUGGAGCAGGGUAGGCCACAUUUUCCUUGCUAAGGACUGCAUGCACGUUUCCAAAUCAAAUAGGCCUGUCAAGCUGCACCACCAUCUCUCCCUCUCCCUUUUCUCCCUCCUCCCCAUUGGAUUCAUCUGUAAUCAUGUGGCCACUGUGGCCUGAACCCAGCGGUUCCCAUUCUGGAGAUGCUGGAAAGGAGCUGUGGCUUUCUCCUCCCUCCCGGGUGGAAUCUUCUGUUUGAGAGCAACAAGAUGCACGGACAUUUCUCCUUGAGCAUGAGCUCCACUCUGGCCUUGGGCUUUUGAGGUAACCAAGUACACCAUACAACCCGCACAAAGACAACACCGAGACACCAUCUUAAUGAAUACACAGACGCAAAGUGCUGGGUUGCCCUCACACAUUUUGGUUGCCUUCCCUGUCUGUCUUUUUCACAAUUACAAUUUUUUACAAAUCGCAGCAAUUCCAAUGUACCCUGGAGCACUGGUUUUGCUCAGAAGGUCCUUCAAUUGCUCCUUCACUCCUGUACCCUCUCUUUCAGCGCCUUUGCUCCCUCUUGUCUGGUGCCUUUUGUAGGGCACUUGCUGCAGGCAACAUGCCGAGGCUGCUGUUUCCUGCUGGAGCAUGUUGUUGUGUUCAGUAGCUGGGCAGGCAAAGACAACUCUGGUGUGACUCAUACUGCUCCUCCAGUUUAGGAGUUGCUUGAAGAAUGAUUAAGGGAAAAAAAAAAGAAAAAAAAAAGCAAGAGUGUGUGCGUAAUUAGGGCUGGGAAAGUGGGAGUGGUGUCAAUGAGCAGGUAAGCUAACAGACUCUUCUGCUCAGCAAGGUUUCACCACAGGUCUCUAGUUCUUCGUGUUGGACCCAUUUCAUUGAUUCAUUUACCAGGAUUAUACCCUUGCAAAGUAAGUACAGCAUUUUUUCUUCCUCUGGUACUUUGACGCCUAACUAACAGUUAUAAAAUCUCCGACGUGAAACGUAAUCGCAUAGAGUGUGCAGGACAAGGAAGUUCGUACAAAAAGGCAGCAUGUGAAAUUAAAGGUGGAAAAAAGCCUUCUCAAACUACAACAUUUUGGUUUUGUCCCAACAUUGCUAUGUUUGUCCGUCUACAUUCCCUACCCCUGAAAAGAUUCAUUGCAAACGGUGAGUGGGGUCUGUCAGGUGAGAUUGAGAAGACAUUAGGAAUUAUUAGAAUAUUUAGACUACCUGUUGACUGUUUCAAAUGGCUUUCCCUGAAUCAGAAAAGCAGGCUAUGUAUGAUGCCACAAAAAUGCUCCAUGUCUCUUAGUAGGUGUAGACUGUUUUGGAAGUUUACAAAGGAAUAUUCUUCUCAUUUUCUGCAUGGGUUUGUAUGCUUUGCUCUGUUUGCUUUGACUAAUCCUUGCUAAUUUAGAGGACAAGAACUUAAGUCUACUAAUUACCUACUUUAUCUUCACUGUGCUCAUUCAGUUGGAAAAAUUCACUGACUAUUGAGGCACAAUAAAGUGUAUUCUGAAGACUCAUUUCUCUCUUUAAUUCCUGGCGUGACUCUCUCAACUGUGUUGCUGAUGGUGCUUUUUCCACAACCCUAUGGACACUUUGAUCUCACUAAAGUAAAGCAUCAGUCUGAUGUUUUGUGUUCCUCAGAGAAACAUCUGUACAGAGGAAAUCAUGUCCUUGUCACAGUUUUGUGUAGCCUGCCUGGUGGAGAGCUGCUAUUUGUGUAGAAGUAGGAGGAAGAGGCUCACAAGAGUUUUUUUCCUUUAUAUUUUGUGUUUUCCAAGCAAGAGCUCCAGUAAGGUCAUGUUAAAUGAGCUAAUUUCAAGGGGGAAUGCCCCACUUGUGAAUAAGUGUGCAGGUUCUUUCAUAUCGUUUUUCUUAGCUGAAAUGACUGGAGGGUGUUCACUCAGCUCCUGAGCUGUAGCCCUAGUGCACAACCCCCAGUACGAGCCUAGCUUGGAUAGCCACCACCCUGUUUGCCCCGGGUGUGCUCUCCUGCAGGGCUCCUUAACUAAGACAAGAAUAAAAUAAAUACUUGCUCUGCUUUAUCAGAUGAUUCUUACCAUUCAGCUGACGUGACUUGUCAGGUUUCCACAGAGAUGUUGCUGUCAUCCUGAUUAAUUUUUAGAGGAUAAGCUACAUUUAGCUUUUCUCUUAGUAACCAAAUAUUAAACAUAGCCCUUCCCUCUUUAUUUCUGUUGGCUGCAUUCAGAAGUGACAAAGCAAAUGUAGUCUCUUAGGCUAAUAAGCACCUUUAAAUUAUUUUUUUCUGAACUGAUUCUAGAACCUCUCAGCUUCCUCCUGUAGCUGAAUGCGAUUCUCGAACUCUGUGGCCCCCGUCACAGCUUUAAGCAAAGCUGGGUGGAUCACAGGCUGCGUGUGCUUAAAAGGUGCCACUGUGCCGCAGGCCUCACAAAAUGCUGACUUGCUGCUCUUCUGGGAAAGCAGGGAUUCAGCCCGAAUCCAAGCAGCCUUUCUUAAAAUUUCAUUUCCAAUUUUGUUGACUCCUCCCUGUGUGAGAGUUUCCUGUGAUUACUGACUCAGGAGCUGUGUCUGGUUUCUAGGACUGUUGGUGGGCACCUCAUGGCCUUUCGUCUUGAGGGGGGCCUCAGCCCUUCUCACUCUACCAGAACUUGCUGUAAUGGGGUCACUGACAGCGUGGGGUGCUCAGGGCUUUAAAGAGGUUCAAGAUUUUGUAAUAUUUAAUACAGUAAAUUCCUUUCAAGCAUAUGAAUGUCAUGAGCUCCUAUGUAUCGUAUGUCAUUAAUAAAUGGAGCAUUAAAAAAGAAGAGUGACCAGAUGCAGUUAAAAAAUAUGGUGAGAUAGAGAUUGUUCUUUGCUGUCCAGACCUUAUUGAAACAGCAGGGUGAAACUGAGGGUUUUUUUUUUCACCAACAAAAUCCUCUGAAUGUGCAUUAUUUCAAUAGUAGCACUAUAAGAAACUACCAGGAAUAGAUUCUCUCAGCAUAACAAAGACAUUGAGAAGCAUCAUCAGUUACUGAGGGAACAAAAGGUCUGUAAAAGGUUCACCACAAAGUACCUCCAGGUUUCCUCCCUGAAAAGGAACAUAGAAACCUCACAGAAAAUGAUCCAACUUGAAUGCUAUCAGAAAAGAAUUUCUACAUCCUGGUGCAGAAUUUCACUGGUGUAAGGAAGAAGAGCAUCAUUUAAUUUUGCAAAAUUUCACAAUUAAUUUCCUUACUCUGAAUCUCUUGCCAUCCAGCAGAGUGAAACACAGGUAGCACAUGCACAUUUUAAUAUCACUGUAAGUCAUUUGCCAAUAUAACUGAAAAUGCUGAUGUUAGAAAGGCAGGAUUGCAUUUGUAGCACGAAGUAGGAAAGGAACACGAAAUGUUUUAAAGUUAUUAUGAUUGCAUAUUGUUUCUUAGCCUGUAAGGAAGAUCUGGAAGUCAAAAUAGGAUCAGGCCAGCCAUUAUUAAGGAAGGAUAUUUUACUCCACUAGUAAGUGAAAUAUUUUUCAGGUGAACUGCACGCAUCAUUCUGGCAUUGUGAGGUUCUGCGUAUUGUUUAUCUUCAUGAGAGUGGUAGAUGUUGAAUGACACGUUCUUAGUUCCUUGGGUAAUUUUCCACUGUCUCCUCAGUGAGAAAUGCCUGGAAAGUUGGUAUUUGCACAUUUUUUCAAUUUUUACUUAAGACAGAGGAAGUAUACAUACGGACUGUGUGCUGCUGGACCUUAAAGGGCCCCUAAAGAGGAUGAGUUCAUAGGGAAAAAUAAGGUAGGCAUCCCGUUCAGGGCAGUUUAUUUAAGGUACACAGAAGUGCGUGUCUGUGUUGAGCAAGUGCAGAAAGGCAUUUUAAAGGAUGAUUUCACAUAUGCUUCUUUGACCUGUUGUUCCAGGUGAUUCCCUCAGCAGCAGUCCCAGAUCUUUAUUUUUUCUGUCUUUUGCCACUAUUUUGCCCAAAGCUCUCUCCUCCCUUGACGUAUGCAGAGUUCAUAGUUUCUGGCAAGCUUGACUUUUCUGGUAAUUAGUUGCUUUUAUAUGUGAGAAGCUGUGACCACAGGAAUGACAUAGAUGCUUGCAGUGCUGACUGGCACUUCGUUCUCACUUUUACAUCCAUAAAAUCUCUGAGAACAUUUCCCAAGCCUCUGACACCAACUUGAUUCCUGCUGACACUGUAGAACGGGAUCUCCCAGGGUAAUCUUUCAUUACCAAGCAUCUUGGGACACUGCAGGUCUCCCGGGAGAUGGACAGACCCAUUCUGCUUGACAACCAUCUUACUGGAGUCCUCUACGUGUUGCAAACACCCUUCUCUUCAUUUUUUAUUUGGGAAUAACUUUUUCCAGUGCUAUAUAUUUAACUUUUUCCUCCUCAAGAUGAAUUGCUUUCUUUGCACUGGGAGGCAAUUAGGAAAUACUUUGUUGCCAACACCAAGAAUCAGAGCACUAGGUGAGAGGACGCUGCUGGGUAAGUGUGUUUUUCAAAUUUGUAUUUGAAAAGCCUUGGUUUUAUGCCAGUAUCCUUUUUCACUUAAUUAGAUGGUGCAAUACAUUUCAGUAACCUUUUGUACAGCGUCUUUUCGCUAAAAUUCAGCCAGGUGCCUUACUAAAUAUAUAGAAUAUAUACGUAUGUAAGUUAAUGAAAACAAAAAUAAAGAUGUUUAUUUUUAAGAAAGCCUUUUUUAAUCAAACAAGUCUUACAUGGAAAUCAAAGUUUUCUCUGUUGUGUUGCAGACAAAAUGCUCUCCUGUUCUGUUACUCCUAUAAAAACAUAUAAAUACCACAGAUUAUUUUGGAAAUCUCUGCUGUCAACUGCCAAGACUGCCACAGCAUCUCUAUACAAUGAUGUCUGAUAUUCAGCAAAGUUUGGACAGUAUGACUCAUGCUCUUGAAUGCAGAUUUUUGUCAUUCAAAAUGCCAUUCCAAACGGAGAUGAGAGUGAGUGGUCAGGAGCAGGUCUCCUUGCUCUGGAGACAGUUCCCUGCCCAUAUGCCCCCCUCUUCUCAUUUCUGUCUUCUCUUACCUAACUGCUCCCAUCUGGUGAGAUCUUUUCUCAUCUGAUGUGAUCUAGGCUGCAAAAGGUUUGAACCAGGUAAAUAUUUAAGACUGUGUUAUUAAGUAGCCAGUCAUUUGAGAUAAAUUCCUGUCCUUAAGGUGCUUCUUGGAAGAUCAGCAAACCUCUCACCAAGGUAAUGCUUCAGAGAAAUAACUGACUUUCCUGUUUGCAUCUUCUGUGUCAGAGCCUGAAAUGUUGUUGUAAAUAGAUAUCUGGAUAAGAACAGAACUUUUAAUUACCUUUCCAUGCCAUAUAAAUUCCAAUAUUUUGCCAUUUUUAUCCUGGGGAGAGCAAAUGUUGAAGAAACUUUUUGGGUUCUAUUUGAAAUCUUUGCCCUUUUGAAGUCCCUUGUAGUAUUCAUCUUUUCCUUUUCCUUUUUGUCUCUUUCAAUGUAUGGAGCUGUUGAACACCAAUUUAUCAGACUGCCUUUCCCUUUCUUUAGGGACGUGUGAUUUUUGGGGUAGAAGAGUGUCAAAAGCACUGUGCCAAAGGACUCAUCAUUGUCCGUGUCCUUGCUGGACUUAAGCCCAAUAUGAUAUUGACUGAAAUUCUAUGCUUUACCUUUGUUGUCUAUAAUCUACACAAGCAGGGCUACACCAAAGUGCAGUUUUAGAUCUAUGAAAGCAGUCUGGAAGAUCGUAAUAUUCCGUGGCAUUCCCAGAACAUGGUCCAGAACAUCUGUCACUUGGCAACACCUUUUCCAUUUCUGACUGCAUAGAUCAGCUAAGAGCCCUGCGGCAAUUGCAGUUACUCUGAACUGCUAGGAAAAUAUUUGCAGUCAUCAUUGGAAAUGAUGAGUACGCACAUAGCAGUAUUUAUGUAGGAGGCUAAGUACUUAAGAGUUUCUAGGAUGAUCUCAACCAACAGGACCAGACAGCUUUCUGGAGACUUCUAGCAAGGGUAGGGAGAAGAAGGAAUCACCCCUUAGAGAGAGGACAUGUACCACAGCUAAAGCUGUAAUGAACAGUUAGACGUGAAACAAGAGACAGGAAAGACUGUGAGACUAUUAAAGGCCUAUCAAAGCACUAGCAGAGCCCAGAGCAUAGGGAUGACGAUGGAUGCUCUGCAACUAGCAAACACUGCCUUUGCUGUUGAUAUGUUCAAAAAGCUAUGUGAGAAGGACAAAACGGCCAAUAUUGUCUUUGCCCCACUGUGUACCUCCACGUCUUUGGCUCUGGCAUAUAAAGCUACAAAGGGUGACACUGCAGAUCAAAUGAAAAAGGUGCUCCACUUACAAGACGUCAAAGAUGUUUCUUUUGGAUUUCAAACAGUAACUGCAGAUGUUUCCAAACUCACCUCUUUCUUUGCACUGAAAAUGGUCAAGCGGCUCUUUGUAGACAAGUCUCUCAGCCCUACCACAGACUUCGUUAAUUCCACAAAGAGGCCUUUUCCGUCGGAGCUGGAACUAGUGGAGUUCAAAGAAAAAACUGAGGAAACACGACAGAAGAUCAACAAAUCUCUCUCGGAGCUAACUGACGGCAAAAUGGAGAAUAUUUUGAAUGAGGAUAGCGUAAGUGACCAGACCCAGAUCCUCCUAGUUAAUGCAGCUUAUUUUGUCACAAACUGGAUGAAGAAGUUCCCAGAAGCAGAGAUCAAAGAAUGUCCUUUUAAAGUCAACAAGACUGAAACUAAGCCAGUGCAAAUGAUGAAUCUGGAAGCUACUUUUUGCCUGGGUUAUGUAAAAGAGUUAAAUGUUGCAAUCCUUGAACUUCCAUGCCUUAACAAACAUAUAAGCAUGCUCAUUCUGCUCCCCAAAGACAUUGAAGAUGAGACGACUGGCCUGGAAAAGCUGGAAAAGGCACUGACCCCUGAGACGUUAUUACAGUGGACCAAUCCCAGCAUGAUGGCCAACACCAAAGUGAAUGUAUUUCUUCCAAAGUUUAGUGUGGAAGGUGAUUAUGACCUGAAGCCACUUCUGGAAAGCCUCGGCAUGACAAAUGUCUUUAAUGAGAGUGCAUCAGAUUUCUCUGAGAUGUGUGAAACCAAAGGUGUGGUUUUGUCGAAGAUCAUUCAUAAAGUCUCCUUGGAAGUAAAUGAACAGGGUGGCGAGUCUCUAGAGGUACCAGGAUAUCGGAUUCUGCAACACAAAGAUGAAUUUAAAGCUGACCAUCCAUUUAUCUUUUUGUUUAGGCACAACAAAACUCGCAACGUGAUUCUUUCAGGCAGAUUCUGUUCCCCUUAAGCAGGGAAUAUUAAUUAUGAAAAAACCAUGAUUACAUUUAUGGUGAUGCAUGUUCCUGUAAAGCUUGGUAUCCUGACUAUCACCUUUGAAAGGAAUUCUAAGAGGUUCAUAUAUCAGCAGGGUAAUACAAUGUACUCUACAUAUGCAGCAGAACUAGUUUAUCUCCUUUUAUUUAAUCCUCUUAAGCUGAAGGAUUCUCACUGUGCAGAACACAUGAUAUUUUACUAAGAAGUAUUCCACCCUCAGCCACAAGUAUAUUUUGUUCCUCUGUGACAUCUUUUUCCAAAACAAAGUGAACAGAGAGCCUGUUUUUGAAAGACAGGGAGCUGGAAAAGGCUCUGGGAGGAAGAGCUGUGUUCCUGUUCCCCAUCCAAAGUACUUUCCCUUGAGACUCAUACUCAGUGGAUUCCUAGUGCCUAAAAGGGGAAAAUGUGGACGUGUGUUGUGAUAGCCCUCCUCUUGUACCUGGCUAUAGUCUGGUGAUCCAAGGUGGCCUGCUGGACCCUGCUAAUACACAGUGAAAUAGUGCAGCUAAACAACUCAGUUUGCAUCUGUGAAACAGCAGCUGCACAUAUGGACGCAAGAGGCAAUAAUAAAAUGCCCAGAAGACUCUUCCGUGUGAGCUACAUCAAUUCAUAGGCUGGCGAGGUUGCACUCUACUGUGUGAGAUUUUUUCACUCAUUCUCCUUCAGACAUGGCAGAGGUGACCAAUUCACUGCAGCUGAGAGGACCUCUGUUGCAUAUAUCCAGAGAAAAAGAGGGUCAUGCAGUUCUAGGAUAGAAGUCACUUGGAUUAAUACUGAAAGUUCCACACUCUUCAGAUACAGAUUUUCUGUUCCUUCUGGAUUCAGCAUUAAGGAGGCUCCACACGUUUACCUAACCUCUGGGAUGCAAGAAACAAAGAAAGAUUUUGACUUGAGUGAGAUUAACAUUGUAAUUACCAGUCUCCAAAUUCCAUAUGAAAUCAUGGUAAUUAGUUUUCAUUUCUAUCUAAAGACUGCCUGCUGCAUAUGUUCAGUACUGAUUUACCUAAUUACUGUUCAGAAUAAAGCAGUACAAAACCUGUGUCAAAUGUCUGCAGUACAUCCAGUGUCAGUCUGUUCUCCUUCACUCAACCUCCAGUAGAUGAUAGGAACAGAAGCUGACAGA